CUCUACUUCACCAACGAGCUCAAACAGCUCCAGGACACAUACUCCAAGAGCGGCAUUGCUUGUCUCACCGGGGAGGAAAUCGGAAAUUUCAUCCAAAACUUGGAUCUAAUUGAAAACGAAGACAGAGCAGCUGAUCCCUGCUGGCAAGUAAAGUGGCACCUGGGAAAGUUAAUUAAAAAGAUGAUGUCGAGAAGCUACGAGGAAAACAUAUCUGCAGUCAACGCUGAAAGAGCCCUGACGCUGUCGCACACCGAUGGGCAGCAGCCACCGCGCAGUCCCAUCAACAGGAUCGCGGCGCAUCUGACGGGCAACAGCAAUAGGAAGAAUUCCCUGUCCCCACGCAAUUCCUCACCCAGAAGAGGGAACGGACAAAAAAUAUACAACUGGGAAUCGUCAAGGAAAGGCCACUCUUUCUUGUACAACGUGGAGCUGAGAAAUGGCGAGUUAGUGAUACCCCAAACCGGGUUUUAUUACAUCUACUCACAAACUUAUUUUCGUUUCCGUGAAAACGAGAACGAGGAUUCAGAUUUGUUGGCACAAAUUAGGAACCCCAAACAGCUUGUCCAGUAUGUUUACAAACUGACUAAUUACCCAGAGCCCAUUUUGCUCAUGAAAAGUGCAAGAACAAGCUGCUGGUCUAAAAAGGCAGAAUAUGGACUUUACUCCAUCUACCAAGGUGGUGUGUUUCAGCUGAAAAGAGAGGACAGGAUUUUUGUUUCUGUCAGUAAUGGUGACAUAGUUGACAUGGACAAAGAAGCAAGUUUUUUUGGAGCCUUUAUGAUAGGUUAAAAGAUGAAAAUCAUGCUCCAAAGGAGCCAGUCUUCAUAGUCAGGACCAGCUUAAAAUUCUAGAAAAUAGGGGAUAAUAAGCAAACACUGUAGCAAUACCGACAAUACCAGACUCCCCUUUCUCAGCUCGCUCAGCGUGAGGUCCGACUGUGCCGAGUACUCUCCCACCAGCCGGGAAGGAGCAGCAGCAGCUGGCUGCAGCUGCGGAUGGUGAUGCUUUGUGCAAGCAUGGGCACCACGGCUCGCUGCCCAGCCAGGCUGGCGACGUGCGAGGAUUUCACACGCCACAGAUGAUACCUUCGGCCAGCACCCCAGGCAGGUAAGCGCUCGCCACCACCUCCACAGACAUGCUCCACACCAGCUCAGCCACGGCAGGUGGGAUGGAGGAUGCUCUGGGUCUGGUUUCUUGAGGCUGAGACUAGACAUCAAAUUUUAUUCGUGGCCUCCAUUGGGACCCCAUCUUGAAUAUCUCGGCUCCUGUAAGGAGCCUUUGAAGUACUGCUUCCUGGAUGCCCGUGGAAUUACUCUGGAAGUUUUUGUUUGAAUCUGAAUUUUACAAAAGUGAAAGGCCGUCAGAAACUCAAACUGCACGUCUUCAUCUCAUCUAACAAAGCACUUAAGCACCUAAUUAAUUUUAAGCACACGAACAGUCUGACUAAAUCAGGGUAUUUACAUGCUUGAAAUUAAAUAUGUGCUUAAGCAUUUUUCAGGAUCAUGGCUUGAGUAAACACAUUAGUCUGUCUUAAUAAGGGUAUUGUACAUAAAAACAGCUGCUGAAAUGGCACAGAAGAGGUUUUGAAAUCAAUCAGUAUUUUGAUCAGCACGUUAUGAUAGUGCCUAUUUACUUAAUUGCUGUGCUGCAAAGAUUUCACCAGGCUUCCAAUAGAUUCAGUAAUGUAGUUGCUGUUACACUUGUUGACAGCAAGUACUUGAUCCAGAAAAAAGGUGUUUUUCUGUAAAUACUGAAUUCUAUUAGGCAUUUGCCACGAAUUAAGCAUGACAUGGUUCUUCCAUGUUUAUUUCUACUGGCCUGUAUUUGGUAGGAUGUAAUGCAGAAUAACACACCCCGAUGACUAAUACUUUAAGGAAAACAUACACAACUAUCUGUACUUAAACAAGAGCUGCAAUUUGGGUAAUGCUGUUUUGAUUUUUAUUUUAUUUUUAGGAAUGGGUGGAAAAUUUUCAUAACUUUUUUUUAAAUCAUU